AUGAAGGUCUCCGCCCUCCUCGCUCUCGUUCCUCUGGCCGCCGCCCUCCCCGGCCGCCGCCAGGAGUCUUCUUCCUCCGGCUCCUUCGGCGUCACCGCCGCUCGCUCCGGCUCGCCCAUCCACUUCCUCCCUCUGACUGCCUCCGGCUCCCACUUCUAUCUCGGCGGCGAGAGCCAGACCUACUGCCCCGACGGUGUCCCCUGCACCCAGUCGACCAACGACACCAUCCUGACCGGCUCCCACUACCUUCGGCGCCCUCUCCUUCACCACCCCCACUCCGGCUACAUCCCCCCCGGCUCCUCCGAGGGCCCUUUCAAGCACACCCCCGGCAAGAACGGCGGCCUCGGCACCUGGAGCUACGGCCAAGGCUUCAUGGCCUGCCCCACCACCAACGGGACCGCCGUUCCCUACAGCCGCCGCCGCAUCGCCCCUGCCGCCGCUAGCUACCAGGUCUUCUCUGCUCAGCAGAACGCUACCGUCCCCACUGGCAACGUUGGUGACUGCCUUGGCUUCGAUGCCCUGGCUGUUCCUGUCUCCAACACCACCCAGCCUGCUUGGGAGUACAUCUAA